AUGGCAUUAAAUAGUAUGGUACGUCAGAUAAAUGCUCCUCGUGCACAAUGUUCAACAUGUGAUGAAUCAAAUGGACUACAUGAAUGUGAUGAAUGUCAUAAACGAUUUUGUCACAGACAUCUGACUGUUCAUAAAGAAUUAUUAAAAAAAUUUGAUGAACAGGGAACACAACGUAUUCUACAAGUUAAACAAAAAUUAAUAGGCAUAGAAAAAGACUCAAAAUCUCAACGAAAUAAUCAUCCAUUAAUGAAGAAAAUUACAGAAUGGGAAUUAGAAUCGACAUCGAAAAUACAUCGUAUAGCUGAGGAAACCCGAUCGAAAGUACAACAGAUAUUAGAUGAAAAUCUUGUCGAAUAUCAAAAUGAAUUUCGAGUAAUUAAAGAUAAGUUAGAAAUAAGUCAAGGCACACACGAUUUUAAAGAUGUUGAUUUUAUAAAUUGGCUUUUCCAGUUAGUGGAAUUACAAAAAAAAUUAGAAGCUGAAGAACCAAAUAUUAAAGUUGAAAUUGAAAACGAACAUUGGAUACCAAACAUUAAUGUGGUGAAGACUACUAAAAAUGAUAAGGAAGAAUAA